GCAGAUUUCAAACUCGAAUUUUAGUGUUGUUUGGGAAAAUAUUAAAGUACCUCCAUAUAACCCAAGACCAUAGCUAAAUAAUACUAUUUUUGAACUGCUGUUUUCCUGCAGUGAGUAAGAAUUCACUAAGGAAAAAUUUAUUGAAAUUGCACGAUUCCUUCUUUGUUGAAGCAACUAUCUUCUGGUGCGCCGGAGGCGGAUAUGUUUCAAAUGGUUAUUUUUCAAUAUAAAAAAAAAAACAAGUACCUAUUAAAAUAUUACAAUUAUUUUACUCAAAUAGCUUGUCAUUAUUGUUCCACACCUACCUAACUGUUAAUUAACUUAAUGGAAUGCGCCUCACAGUUCCGUCCCGUAGUGCGUUCCACAAACGAAAACAAUGAUCUCCCAUCGGUCAGCUGACCUUCAGAUUUCACUGCAACAACACUGAAAAGUGUGGCAUUCCGUCACGUUGAUUAUGUGACGCGGCAUAUUGAGUGAAAAUGCGGCCGAAUUCGCGACAAUCGUUUGACACAAUGCCGGUUCAUUGGCGCGGGCUCGGGCGUCAGGCCGUGUUUCGCCGUCCUACAGUCGAGUCGAGUCGAGGCGUCUUCACAGGUGCGUAAGCGCAGCGCAGGUAUAGCGCCCCCGCGCCCCGCCAGCGACCCACCGGCCAUCUUGAAUUCCGUUCACUCAGACCCGCGCCUGUCUCGCGGCCUGCGCACGUACUCCGCGAGCGCAACGGAACAAUUAGUGCUUCAAGUGUUUCGGUGUCAUGUUGUGAUUGUGCAGUGACGAAAUGGAAUCGACUCCCAUCUGUCGGUGCCGCGUGCUCUACCUCGGCUCUGCGGUGCCACAGCAGAGCAAGGACGGCCUUCAAGGCAUUCAGGAACCGCUGCGCGAGUUGUAUCCGGAAAAAGGAGCAACCAGCGGCGGCAUCGACUCGUGGCUGUCCGUUUGGUCAAAUGGAAUCUUGCUGGAGAAUGUGGACGAGAGCGGUUCUCGGGUGGCUAGGUUUUUCCCUAUAUCAAGUCUACAUUACUGUGCGGCCGUGCGCCGAGUGACUGUUGAAGGAGCGCCGAGGUUUUUACCCUUGGAUUCGCCCUUCGCCCGAGCGCCGGCCCCGCGACGUCCUCCUUUAUUCGCGGCGGUUCUACGUCGCACACAAGGCAUAAAGGUCUUGGAAUGUCACGCCUUUAUAUGUCGUCGCGAGGCGGCAGCCAACGCGUUGGUCCGGUGUUGUUUCCACGCAUACGCUGACAGUUCGUAUGCUAAGAGGCUGGAGGCGGAGCGGACACCGUCGCAGUUGCCACCCGAACCGGACGAGGAGCUGGAAGUAUUUGACGGGGACGAGAAUCACAAAGUGUGGGUCGGGGAGGUGGAUCGCGACGACGUGAGCGACGACAUUCCACACCCGGCGCGGGCACCGCGACCGCGACAGAUCACGAGGCCGGCGUCCGUGCCACCGCCGCCACCGCCACCUGAGGAGCCGAAGAAGAAGACUUCGACAACAAAGAAGACGAAGAAGAAGUCUUCGGCCUCGGCUGACGAGUUGUACGCGACAAUGCCAGGGCCGGCUCCCAUGAUGAAUGGGCGUUCGCUGGGUCGCGCGCCCCCGUCGUGGGCGGCGCAUCCCAUGGUGCUGGUAGCUCACCCGGCGGCGACCCUGCCGCAUGCCCGCCCCGCCACCCUGUCGCACCGGGGCCGUGUGCCAGCCGCCCUCGCCCCUGGACCCUUCCCCGGCCCCCCCGGCCGAGGCCGCCUCCAAUAUGCUACUGUUGACCCGCGUCGCUCCAAACCACCCCCUCCGGCCCUGAAAGCCGCCCAGAGCAUGACGGGUCUCGAGGCCGUGGAAGACGGCGGUGGUAUAUACAGAAAAAAAGGUCAUCUGAACGAGCGAGCGUUCUCGUACAGCAUCAGGCAGGAGCACAGAAGUCGAUCGCAUGGAUCACUCGCAAACCUCAAGUUCGCCGCUCCACCAGAGGUGGAGUCAGGUCGCGAGGAGCUGAAGAAGGAGCGUGAGAUCAUGCAGAUGGUGGCCGGCCUGCAGCUGGGGCCCGACGAGCUGGAGCGCCGCGAGGUGCCGCCUCAUAUCAUCAGAUCCAGGCAUGGCCCUAGAUAACACAUCGCUAAGGAAGCGGCCGGUGCCAUCUUUCAGGUCAAAAAGAACUACGAAUGCGCGUGAGCGCCUGACCGGAACAACUUGCAAAUUACCUCGAUACGAUUUCAAUAUUGAAUACAACCAAAUGAAAUGAUAUUAUGCGCCUUAUAAUAAGAGGCUUUGAAGCUCAAAAUGUAUUGCCAUGGAAGCAAACCAUUUUGUACGGUCACAAAUUCGAUUGGUAAAUCGAAUUGAUAUCUCGUUUAUAUCGAUUAGUCACGAAUACAUUCCAUAUUGUACAAUAAUGUACCUAUCCGUAAUAUUAAUGGUAUUUUUAAUUAUAUACUUUUACAUGUACAUACAUUGAGCCAAAUUAUUUGUAAUUAAUAAUUAAUAUAAUAAUUUUAAGCAAUUAAAUUAGCUGAAUGUAAGUAUAACCAGAUUGAAUUUUCGGCAUUCUUUCGUUGGUGUUUGAAUGCCAAAAAUUAUGAUACUAGCUAAAUGUGUUAUUAAUUACCUUUCAAUCGCUUAAAUACUUAAAGCUAGCCCUGACGGCAUUGCAACAAUAUGGAGAUAGGAUCAUUUAUGAAAAUAAAUGUAGAAACAACAUUUAAGACCUUAUUAAGAAAAAGGAUCAAUUUAGAAAGUAAAAGGAAGUACCUUUUUGAAAUAUUCGCUUCCUUUCUUUUGAAUUGAAAAUGAAAAUUUGAUUGAGACAAAUGCGAAUGAAAAUAAAUCAUAUCUUUUUUCAAAAGUAAUUCUUAUGCGUCGGAGCAAGCUUUGAUUAAUUUUGUGUGCUGCGACAGAUACCUACAUCCGUUACAUAAACCCAUUUUAAGUACUUAAUAAAUUUACUUACUUUAUAGAGGAUUCCUAUAUAAUUCCCAGGGAAAAGGCAGGGACUAGUGACUAUAAAUAUUUGUUAAUUUUAAUGUUUCCGUAAAGUAAAGUGUUUAUUAUUAUAUAAUCUUGUGCGUACUAUGUUUAGUCAACUUGUAUGUGUUAAAUGUGCCUUAAUAUUAAUUAAUGAAUGGAGAUCAGAGACCAUACUGUAAACUCUUACAGCCGUACUCACAUACAACGAAUAAUUUAAUGUCAAUGAAAGCCACGUGUUGUAUUUUUCUAGUAUGACAGCGUAAUAAGGUAACAGUAAUAUAUUUAAUCAAAUUUCAAUGUUAACUGACGUUUCUGAGUACAGCUGUUAAAGUUAUUCAAAAGUACCCGCCAAAGAUAUAUCUUUCGGAUAGCGAUGAUUAGGCAAUCACAAUUGGCUAUUUGACAGUAUGAAAAUUGUAGUACCAUUGUUGGUAUGUGUAUUUAACAUGAAUAUUGAGAACUAUUUCACUAUUGACAGUAGUAUCAAUUUCAAUUUCUUCUUUAAAGGCUCCUUCUUUAAAGAUUAAGCCAAUGACUAGUGUAUGUAGCAGGGAUUGUCCAUUUUAUGUUUGAUCGGUAUAUUUUUGAAUGAAAUUGAAUAACUCUACUUAGAGUGUAGCAGGGCGUUGUGCAGGUACAAGGACGAGAAGAGAUAGAAACCGAAUAGUGUAGAAAGAAAAUUUAAAAUAUGAGGUCGUUGAGAUACCCCAAACAAUUAAAGCUUUUUGCUAUGGCGUGCAGCGGCAAUAUUCUACUUAUUAGCUACAAUUAAAUAUUAUUGGCAAAUAUAUGGACACAGGACAUUAAGAAAUCCGAGUAGACAAAUAAUUGUACAAUUUUAAAAUUAGCAAAAAGUAGUUGAUAAUAUUACUAAGCAAAAAUCAUGAAGUAGAAAAGUAUUUUUGAUCUAUUGUCACGUGACCGAAAACGCCUAGGAUUGGUGGAGCCUCAAAUGACGUCACCUGCUUGUAAAAAUGCUGUCGAAGUGACAUUACUUUGUACUGUUUGACGUUUCAAUGAGAGCCGUGCAUGGAGCCGUGUGACGUCACCUGUCUGGUUAAGCCAUAAUUUUAUAGAGAAGUUUCCGUGGCAUUUUUGAAAAGAGAAUUUUUAUUUUAAAUUUUUUUCCUGAUAUGAGCACUAGAAUUAUAAAUAAACAUGGAGUAGGUACACUAUGCAAUAUACACUAAUUUGCAAAAUCUUGUCAAAUAGCCCAUUGAUUCCUUUUAAAAGCUCAUGGUACGGCCUCUGUAGUUAGAAUAAACGAAUGGCUAAUAAAAAGUCAACAUUAGAUCCAACAUGUUUUAAGAAUAUAUUGAGUACCUAAAGGAUGUGAAAAAAAAUUGUACAAACAAAAAUAGAAAGUAGUAGAUUAUUUAACAGCUUAUUUCUUUUGAAAGAAUGUGUUACUCCUUAAGUAUGUGUAUAUAGUUACAAAAACAAAAUUAUUAGCGUAUGCUUUUAAAACAUACUUGCAAAGGACCUUAUUAUUUAGUGCUAUGAAAAAUACUGAAAUGAAAUUAAUUUGUAGGCACAUAAGAACCAUGUCAGUAACACGUUUUGUUUGAAAUAUUAGUUUAAUAAAGUUAAUAUAAACUGUUUUAAUAUGUUGCGUUUUUAUAAACUUAUAUAAAUAAGUACCUCAAUGGUCUUCUAUAAGGACCUUUUCUGUAGUGUUAUGUUUCAUCCCAUUUUGAAAUCUAAUGUCAAAUUUUGUAUGGAAACUCGAACAGCAGCGCCUCAACGGACAUAACGGGAGCUAAAAAACAGUACAUAUUUGACAGUGACAUUUCGUACUCGCAAACUAUUCGAAUUCGAUAUUGGUACGUGCUAGGGGUACUGUACUGCAAUAAAUAUCAUUGAAUAAUAUUGAUUUGUGUUCAGUAAUGCUUCUACUGUAAUGGCUAUUUAUUUAAGACCUUGUUUACAAAUAUCCCCACAGAGAUAUGGCUCUCUGCUUUAUAUAUGCGAUGAGCUAUGAACGAAAGAGUCCACCACAUUGAAAUGUUUUAGUUUUCUUAGCUUAGCUUAGCAAUGCUUUGUUGUAAUCGUUUAUAUUUGUAUUCUGUGCGUUUAUCAAGGCACCAUACAUUCACAGAAGCCGUGAUUGAGAUUUUUAUUGAUAAUAUCCCAAAACUACUAUUGAAUUAAAGUAAAACUAGCAAACCAGUGAACCAAAUGUUCACCAAAACCUGAUUUCUCGAAAACCGGAAGUGCUACGUUACUCAAAUCCGGUUUAUAGUCUUAUCAGACUAUUCUUAACUUAUAACUUAAAUAUUCUCUUUAUCUAUCUCUUACGGUUUGGCCGCUGAAACAGCACCACAGACAGACGGACGGACUUGUCUAAUAGAUAAGAGAUCAUACACAUUUUGCACAUCUACGUUGAAAAAUCUAGAAUGCCAUGCUGGCAUUAAGUUCGCCAUAUGCAAUGUAAAUGCAUUAAAGAUUAAAUAAAUUAAAUAAAAAUAUUUCUUCAGAAAGCCCUCUGAUUCAAUAACAAUUGAUUUACUAUAGAACAUAUGGACUUUAUUCUUAAAUGUUUUCAUAAUAUAGAGUUAAUGUAGUUAAAUACGUCAUCUCGUGGAGGAAAGUCCCGGUUUUUCUAAAUUAUAUAACAAUAUUUUUUGUUGAAAAAAUAUUCACAUACCUAAGUUUAGCCAUUCGAGAAAUAUAUCUGUUACUUUUCAUAUUUUCAAAUUCUUAAAUGUGAGUUGUGCUUUUUUCAUUUUUAAACUAAUAACAUUACCUUUUUGUGGUCUUGUUUUAGAAAAUCACACUUCAGAAUUAAUCUAAGAAAUGUACAUUAUCAAUAUAAAAUGCAAAAUAAAAUUCUAAUUUUUUUUAAACAUUAAUCGUAAUGGUUUGUUGAUUUUGACAUAAAAUCAGCAGAUAAUUUAAGGCUAUGAGUGCCAUUAAUGUUAUAUUGUUUUACACUUAUCGUAUGUUAUAGUAAGAUGGAUAUUAAUGAAAUUAUUUUUAUAUCUUAGGUAUUUGUAAUAUAGUCCUUUUCAAUUUGUAUAUAAAGGUUCAUUAUAAACAUGGUUUCUGCAAAAGACAACGAUAUAUUUUUGCUAACUUAUAAUUUUAUGAAAUCAAUAAAUU